GUUAGCAGUGCCACGUUAGCAGUGCCACGUCAGCAGUGCCCCGCCACCAUGACAGUCUCAGUUCUGGGCAUGCCAGGCCAACUGGCCAAUGAGUCCAUUGCUGAGUACCGACAGCGGUUCGAAGCUCAGCUCGCACUGAUCGAGGCUGCGGAACAGCGUCAGGCUGAUGGCUGCCCGCCUACAGGCUGAAGCGGCGGCAACAGCUGAAAAGCAGCGGCUUCAGGCCGAAGCAGACGCAGAUACCCAGGCAAGCCGCAAGGAAGCCCAGGAUCUGCUACAGCGGCACGAAGCCACCAGCAUCGAAAAGCUCAAGUUCUGGCAUUUUGAACCAUCCGAGCACCACGAAGACGCGACACCGGAAGAGCAGCACAAGGAGUUCCUGGCCAAACUCGUGACCCGGUUGGUUUACACGUGUAACCACGUGCAGUCCGAGCUGGCGAAUCUCCGACGGGCGGUGCGGGACCACAAGGAUCUGCACGAGGCUGCGACACGGGCACUUGAUUCCCGUGUACAGGACUUGGCGCAAGUUGCACCAAGACCAGAUGCUGGCGAGUCCAUCAGUGCCCCCUCUACCCGCCAAUUGGAGGAGCGAGUUGACCACGUAGUCGCAAUGCUCGGCGACAUCAGCACCUUCGCUGCACCAACCACCAUCAGCAAGCAGCUGGACACCUUGAAAAUCGAGGUUCAGCAACUGCACCGGCUGCCCAACAAGGAUGGCAACACCAGUGCGCAGCACUACAAGAUGCCGAUAUUCCAAAUCGAAAAGUUUGAUGAUUAUACGCAUCAAGACCCGGUCCCCUGGUGGGAGGGCUUUACGACGCAACUUCGGAUUCUUUUCGUCCCCGAGCACUCGUACAUCGGCUCACUGUUCCUCAACUCAAAGGGCGGAUGCCAGCUCUGGCUCAGCCAUCUGGCAACCAUUCACGGCGUCGAGGUCGCCGAUCUACAUGAGAAGAUCUUUUGGGAAGAGUUGACGAGGCUAUGGAAGAAGCGGUUCAUCGUGGAUGACGCAGCGGCGCUCACCAUCAACCGCCUCUUCGUCAUGACCCAAGGCAACACAUCAACACGUGACUGGCUCACGGGAUGGCAAAAGAUCGCUGCAACGCCCAAUCUUGAGUUGCCAUUUUCGCAUCUGCAUCGGGAGUUCUACAACCGGUCAUGUGCCGCCUUGAGCCUCGCACUUGGGGAUCGCGAGCAAUACACGACCUUCGCCGAAAUCAUCGACAAGGCRAGGGAGAUCAUCAAGACCAACAGGGCGGCUGCACACGAGAAGUCAGCGUGGCAGCCAACCUAUGUGGAGAAAAGAAAAUUUGGUCCGCGUCUGCAGCAUGUCGCUGCAGUCAACACGGACAACAUUGUGGAAGACACGACAGCCACCCAAGCAUCACGUGAGGGAGAUCAGGUGGCCGCUGUCCAGCCGCGAAGCAACAACAACUCCCGAGGAAAAGGGAAGGCGAAAACUGCAUCGCCAGCCAGAAAUGGACAACCAGGCCGAAUACAAGUGGCGCGGUCGGAUUACUUGUACACUGCAGUACCAACUCCGUUGAUGGACACUGGAGUAGAGGUUGUUGACCUUCACGACUACGUUGCGAAGAUCGACCACGAGUUCAAACACAACGUCUUGGAACAACACGACGGCGACGACUGGCACCCCAUGGAGUAUUUCAGCCACAAGGUGUCUCCCAUCAAUUCACUUGAUGAUGCAAGGAAGAAGGAGUUGUUCGCAUUCAUGAUGACUCUCAAGCGAUGGCGGCACUUCCUCCUUGGGCGUCGUAGGUUCACAUGGGUCACGAACAACAACCCAUUGACCUACUACAAGACGUAGGAUACGGCGAGCAGCACGAUCG